AGAGUUUUGGACCUUGGCAGGCACCGUCGCCCUGGUGGGAAGAAAACCGCGCGCGCUAGAAUUCAAAAAGCAACGGGGGCGGCGUGCAGAAGGAACUUCGGUGGAUUUGAGCGGGAGUCCAAAGUGACUUGCAACGCUGUUCUCCCUUCCUCUGUUUUUUCCUUGCUACAACAGCCCUUGUGAGGCAGGAUAACUCUUCACAAUGGAAGCAGAACUUGCCUUAAAGACCCCCAGCAAACAAUCUGAGAGAAAGAAAGCAGGACCAGUUAAUUCACCAUUAAUAACUAUCCCAGCUUCUCCCUUCAUGCAGAAACUUGGCUAUGGAACUGGAGUCAGUGUUUACCUUAUGAAAAGGUCUCCAAAAGGCAUCUGUCACUCCCCCUGGGCUGUGAAGAAAAUAAAUCCUAAAUGUGACUCCAGUCAGCAAGAUACAUAUCAAAAAAGACUGAAUGAAGAAGCUAAGAUCCUGAAAGGAAUUCAGCAUCCUAACAUCGUGGGGUAUAGAGCAUUUACUGAAGCCAAAGAUGGGAGCAUGUGCCUUGCCAUGGAAUAUGGGGGAGAAAAAUCUCUCAAUGACCUAAUAGAAGAAAGGAGAGCACAACACCAGGGACCCUUUCCAGCUGCCACCAUCCUCAGAGUUGCCUUACACAUGGCAAGAGGGUUGAAGUAUCUACACAAUGACAAAAAAUUGCUUCAUGGAGACAUCAAAUCUUCCAAUGUUGUUGUUAAAGGUGACUUUGAGUCAGUAAAGAUCUGUGAUGUGGGUGUUUCAUUACCACUGGAUGAGAACAUGAUGGUGAGUGACCCAGAUGCCCACUAUAUUGGCACUGAGCCCUGGAAACCAAAGGAAGUUCUGGAGGAAGAUGGCAUCAUCACCGACAAGGCUGACAUCUUUGCAUUCGGGCUGACUCUGUGGGAAAUGAUGACGCUUUCUGUACCUCACCUUAACCUUCCUGAAGAUGAUGAAGUAUCAGAUGAAGAUGCUUCUUUUGAUGAGGAUGACUUUGAUGAAUCUGCGUAUUAUGAGGCUCUUGGGACACGGCCACCGCUCAAUGUGGAAGAGCUGGGCCCGCUAUAUCAAAAUGUCAUUGAGCUGUUCUCUCUCUGCACCUUGGAGGAUCCGAAGAAACGUCCUGCAGCUGCACGCAUUGUUGACUGCUUAGAGGCACAGGGAUCCAUGCAAUAAGUGCUGCUGCUGUUUCCCUGCAUUUCUGUGAUAGCUUGUUUUUUCAUGACAUUUCUUUUGGCCACCAUUGAAGUUACUAGAUUUUAAAUGUAUAUAGUUUAAUGACAUAGAGAAGCACGAAGAUACUUUAACUUAAAUGCAUAGAAGAUGGGUGGUCUUACACUACAGUGUAACCAUUUUGUAGUCUUGAAAUAUUGUUCCUAGUGGGUGGAAAUAGUUUGGUUGGCUGAUAAACUGAUACUUUAGGGACUCCUGAAAGGCUCCGGGUUGUAUUGUUUCCUUUCUCCAUCUCCCUCCCUAUUGUGUUGUAAUUUCUGAAAACUUAAUUCUUGGGAUUAAAAACUUGGAAUCUUA